GUACAGUGUUAAUGACGGAGCUAAGAGUGUCGUGUGUGUGCGUGUGUGAGGCUUCUGAGAUAAAAAUGUUUCAGUAAUGGAUACACAUUUUAUAACCAUGCGCCAGGAUACAGAAGUUUAUCAGAAUGGACAUGAAUCGACUUAGCAUUGAAGAUGAGCCACUUCUCAGAGAGAACAAAAGGCGAUUUGUAAUUUUUCCCAUUCAGUACUCAGACAUGUGGAAAAUGUACAAACAAGCUCAGGCCUCAUUCUGGACAGUGGAGGAGGUGGAUUUAUCGAAGGAUCUGGCCCACUGGGAAAGACUGAAGCCUGAGGAGAGACAUUUUAUAUCACGUGUGUUGGCUUUCUUUGCAGCGAGUGAUGGCAUUGUUAAUGAGAACCUUGUGCAGAGAUUCAGUCAGGAAGUGCAGGUCCCAGAGGCUCGUGCUUUCUAUGGUUUUCAAAUUCUGAUCGAGUGUGUGCAUUCUGAGAUGUACAGCAUGCUCAUCAACACAUACAUCAAGGAUCUGAAGGAAAGGGAAUAUUUAUUUAAUGCCAUUGAGACCCUGCCCUGUGUGAGGAGAAAGGCAGAUUGGGCUCUACAGUGGAUAUCUGACUUAAAUUCUACCUUUGGGGAGAGGUUGGUCGCAUUUGCUGCGGUUGAAGGAAUCUUUUUCUCAGGGUCAUUUGCUGCCAUCUACUGGUUGAAGAAAAGAGGGUUAAUGCCUGGACUUACCUACUCAAAUGAGCUCAUCAGCAGAGACGAGGGUUUGCACUGUAAUUUUGCCUGCCUUAUCUACAGCCACUUGGUAAAGAAGCCACCAGCGGACAGAGUGAAGGAUAUCAUUACCAAAUCCGUUAGCAUUGAACAGGAGUUUCUUACCGAGGCUUUACCAGUUGACCUGAUUGGGAUUAACUGCACUUUGAUGAAACAGUACAUCGAGUUUGUUGCUGACCGAUUAUUAAUGGAUUUAGGAUUGCCUAAAGUCUAUGAAGCAGAGAACCCAUUUGAUUUUAUGGAGUCCAUCUCACUAGAAGGAAAAACCAACUUCUUUGAGAAGCGUGUGGCUGAGUACCAACGAUUUGGAGUGAUGUCAAAUACAAUGGACUGUGAAUUCACCCUUGAUGCAGAUUUCUAAACCUACUCUAGAAGCAGAAAUACCAGUUUACUAGUCUGUUACAAUUUUAGAUAGCUAGCUGCAUUUGUUUUAUUUAUUAUAACUGCUUAAAAUUAUUAAAAUGUAGAUACGGUACUAUCUGUCCCACAUAAUUAAAAGUUGAUGUAUGUUGGUCAUUAAAGACUAACAUCUUUAUUAAUAGUUAUAGUUAUCAGGUACAGCAUUUGCUAUUUGGCAUAGAUUCUAGCAUAUGACAUAUUGCUGCACUCUCUGGAGUUGAUGCACUUUUUGCAUCUUUAACAGUCAAAAUACCUCUCCGUAAUCUUUUAAAAACUGAUUUUAUACACCUUUUAGGGUAUGGGUGUGACCACACCUGCUGAACGUAUUAAUUGGGAAUGGUGUUUACAUGGUUUUGGUCAUAUUUAUGCAUUUAUAUCUUGCUACAUUUGCUUAGUGUUGUGGGAAGAUGGUAAACAAUGUUUAAUAAAACAUGUAAUUGCUGACUUUGUGUUAACAAUAAGUGUUAUUUAUUAGUUUUAUUGAUUUGGUUGGUUUAAAUGUGUAUAUGCAACAUUUAUGGUUCUACUGUACUCUAUUAAACAGAAGCUAAUUCAGAAAAAAAAAACAAUUA